CCCCCAGCGAUUUCGACAACGACCACAACACCUCAAAUCAACAACCCACCAAAUCAAUCAAGAUGGGUCACGCCGCUGGUCUUCGUGCGGGCACUCGCUAUGCCUUCUCGCGGGAUUUCCGCAAGAAGGGCAUGAUCGCCCUGUCCACCUACCUCCGACACUACCGGGUCGGCGACAUCGUGGACAUUAAGGCGAACGGUGCUGUCCAGAAGGGUAUGCCCCACAAGGUCUACCACGGAAAGACUGGUGUCGUCUACAACGUUACCAAGUCGGCCGUCGGCGUCAUCAUCUACAAGAAGGUGAAGCACCGUUACAUCGAGAAGCGCAUCAACCUCCGCACCGAGCACAUUCAGCCCUCGCGGUCCCGAGAGGGCUUCCUGCGCAGGGUCAAGGAGAACGCCGCGCUGAAGGCCAAGGCCAAGGCUGAGGGCACGACUGUCCAGGUGAAGAGACAGGCCGACCUCCCCCGCGACGCACGACAGAUCUCGUUCAAGGAGAACCGCCCCGAGACCCUGGCGCCCGUCGCCUACGAGACCACCAUCUAAACGGACACAUUCGGAGCGGUGUGUGCGAGGAAGGAUGAUUCUUCUGCGGACGGGGUUUUUCUGGUGGUCGGUUGUUCACGAAUUGGCUUGCUUUGGUCUUUGCAUGGGGUUCACGUACGGCAAAACGGAAAGAUUUCUUAGCAUGGUCCGGAAUGGCAUGCGGCAAUGCUUUUAAAGGGAAAAAUAAAAUGAACCAAUGGCAUUUCCAACACCUUCCUGUCCAUACGUGGUGAUAGGUGACCAGGUGUGGGGAUGCUGAAACUUGGGGGAUUGUGGACGUGAUGUCGACGUGCUCGACAAGGCGAGGUGGACACCUGAGGGAGCAGAAGAUUAGCGCUCAUCCUCAAGAUGACAAUCGAAACACUUUUCGCCAGAUCCAGCAAAAUCCUAGACGCUUGGUCUCGCAGUGG